AUGGGGAUUCUGGCUGACGACGUGGUUUUGAUACAACAAGGCAGUAAUCCCGAUGAUCCCACCGUCGUCACUGUCAAUUGCCCUGACAAGUCUGGCCUUGGAUGCGAUCUCUGCAGAAUAAUUCUUGAGUUUGGGCUACACAUUACUCGCGCAGAUUUUCAAACGGAUGGAAAGUGGUGUUACAUAGUAUUCUGGGUGGUUCAACAUUCAAGUUUGCUUAGAAUUGAUUGGAAUAGCUUGAAAAACCGGCUCUUGAGUGUGUCUCCUCCAUGUUUGACCCCAUUUUAUUAUGAUCAGAAAUUGAAUGGUUCCUCGGCUGCUCCUUCGAUAUAUUUGUUGAAGUUUUGCUGUGUUGACCGGAAAGGAUUAUUACAUGAUGUUACUGAAGUUCUAACUGAGCUUGAAUUUACGAUUCAAAGACUAAAAGUGAUGACAACACCAGAUGAGAAAGUUGUGGACUUGUUCUUCAUUACAGAUGGCAGGGAGCUCUUACACAUGAAAAAAAGGCGAGAUGACACAUGUGGAUAUUUGUGUGAUGUAUUCAAAGAGCAUUGUAUCAGCUGUGAACUUCAAUUGGCAGGUCCUGAAUGUGAAAAUCAGCAGACGUUUUCUUCCCUCCCAUUGGCAGUUGCAGAAGAAUUGUUUAGCUGUGAGCUGUCAGAAAAGGAAUCCUGUACACAAGCACUUGGGACGGCUACAGCAACACCAAAGAAGGCCAUCAUCACAGUGGAUAAUCUAUUGAGCCCAGCUCAUACAUUACUUCAAAUACAAUGUGUUGAUCAAAAAGGUCUAUUUUAUGACAUAUUGAGGACUUCAAAGGACUUAAAUAUCGUGGUUGCUUAUGUUAGAUUUUUGUCUAGCGUAAAAGGAUACCGUAGCAUGGAUCUAUUUAUUCGGCAAACAGACGGGAAGAAGAUUGUGAAUCCGAAGCUUCAGUCCAAUUUUUGUUCUCGAUUGAAGGAGGAGAUGCUUCAUCCAUUGCGAGUGAUCAUUACCAACAGAGGACCAGAUACUGAACUCUUAGUUGCUAACCCUGUUGAGUUAUGUGGCAAAGGAAGACCACGUGUAUUUUAUGAUGUUACAUUAGCUCUGAAAAAGCUGGGAAUAUGCAUUUUUUCGGCUGAAAUUGGAAGGCACUCAACUCAGGAUCGCCAGUGGGAAGUCUACAGAUUCCUCUUGGAUGAAAAUUGUGAAUAUCCAUUAGCAAAUGUUCAAGCCAGAAAACAAAUAGUGGACAGAAUUAGAAGAACAUUAAUGGGCUGCGAGGGUGGCAUUGUUCAUAUUCAUCGUGGAAGUAACCAAAGCUCUGAUUUCUUGGCUGGGGUUGGGGCUCAUGGUGAUGGGGAUACAAGUACAUGGCAGCAUGCUCCUCCAGCUCCUGUUUACAAUUUCUCUGACAUGAGUCUGUAUAGAAGCCAGAGGCCACCACAAGGAGCAAAAAGGUUUCGUAUGAAUCCAUCUUAUCAUGAUGCACCUUAUUCUAGGGAUCAUCUGAGUUUCCGAGUUUCUGUAGUGCUUGGUUGCUCUUCACAGUGGUUAUCCAUAUUGCUGCUGGAUGCAACUCAGAGACUAUUUGUUGGACACCUUGCUAGCCAUUGCCCCAAUGAUCCAAUCUGCCAUACGUGUGGUAAGAUGGGCCACCUUGCUCAUGAGUGCUGUGAACCUGAUUUUCCGGUUCAUGAUGCAAGUCUCUGCUGCUAUAAGCCAGGUCACAUUGCUGUUGACUACAGAAAUGAGAAGUCUUGCAAUAAUUUUCGAAAAACUGGUCAUCUUGCUCGUGAUUGCCCUAAUGAACCAUUUUGCUGCAUUUGCAAUGCAUCAGGUCAUGUAGCCCAUCAAUGUCCCAAGUCAAGAUUGGCAGUAGAGAUAGGAAACCGCUUUAAUGACUAUCUUUGCUGCAAUUGUGGACAGCAAGGCCAUCUCAGCCAGGAUUGCAUGGCUAUUAUCAUCUGCAACAAUUGUGCUGGGAGAGGCCACCAAGCACGCAAGUGCACUUCUGCUCCAAUGUAUCACUGUGGCCCAUGGAUUUAUUGA